AUGUUUGCCCCCAGCCGCGGCCGGGCGCUCUGCUACCUGCGGCGGGGCGGGUUCCGAGGAGGGGCGCGCGAGGUCGCCAGGUCCCGCUCUGGUGGGGGCGAGCGCCAGCAGGGGUCUGCGCCGCAGGUCCCUCCGCCCGGCCCUGCGCGCCGGACUCUGAAGGAGUGGUCGCUGCUGGUGAGCCCGUUCGGUCAGCUGCGGACGCGGCUUCCGUGUCACCUGGCCCUGCGGCCCUUGGAUCCCCUCACCUACCCGGACGGCGACCGCGUGUUGGUCGCGGUGAGCGGCGUGGAGGGCGGGGCGCCGGACCUGGCCGGCCUGCAGGUGAGGUAUGAUGAGGCGCUGAAGGAGGUGACCAUCCUGUCUGACACCAUCGACCCGCGAGUGUCCGUGGAGGUGAACGCGCCCUUGAAGUUUGAUUUGAAUAUCAAGUCAUCAGGGUCUGGCUGUGUAAAAAUCCAAAAUAUUGAGUGUGAUAAUUGCAAAAUUGAAACUGAGCAGGGUACCAGCAUCUUACAGAGUAUUAAGAGUCAAAAAGUACAUGUUCAAACAAAAGGAGGUGAAGUGAUCUGUCUGGGAACCGUUUAUGGAAAUAUAGAUAUUCAUGCAUCAGAUAAAAGUACUGUGACGGCAGAUAAACUGCAGGGAAGUUCUGUUAAUAUAUUUACUGAAGAUGGUUUGCUGAAAGCCAGGUAUCUUUAUACAGAAUCAUCACUUCUGUCUUCUGCUGCUGGGGAUAUUUCAUUAGGAAGUGUUCAUGGAAAUAUAACAUUAGAAAGCAAGACGGGUAACAUCACAGUAGAUUCAUCCUCUGGAUGUCUAAAGGCCUCAACUCAUCAGGGUGCCAUAGAUGUUUAUGUCAGCCAACUGGGGAAAGUAGAAUUGAAAUCCCAUAAAGGCUCUAUUCUUAUCAAGGUUGCAUCCUCUCUUCAAGCUCACUUACAGUUAUCAGGAAAAGAGGUUGAUAUGGAUUCCGAAGUCCAUGUUCAAGAAAUGACUGAAGCUCAUAAAGAUGAUUGUGUAACAAUUACUGGACUCAUGAAUCAAGCAAGCAAACAUGAAAAAUGGAUUAAGGCUGAUGCCCCAAAAGGCACUAUAAGUUUUAGAAGUCAAAACUGGUUUCAGUCCCUAAAACUGCAGGACUAAUGGUUUGAGUUGUAUUUAUAAUUUUUAACAAUGAUUAGCAGAUCUAUUAACAAACAUACAACUAUCAAACUUCAUGUUAAGGUUGAAAAUAACAAAUUGGAAAGAAUACUGGUGAAUUGUCUUGGGGGUGGUCUGUUUUUUUAAUAUUCGUACUUAGAUAUUAUACUAAUUUGUUUGCUCUGUAGGUGAAGAGCACAGUAUGAUUUGGUUCUGUGCUCAAGUUAUUCACAAACUGGACUAAAAGUGUUAACUGGGCUGCGUUCUCAUCUGGAUGCUCUGGGGAAAAAUUACUUCAAAGGUCACUCAUGUUUGGCAAAAUUCAGUUCCUUAUGAUUAUAUGACUGAGAUCUUGUCCUGGCUAUGAGUCAGCCAUCACGCUGAACUUCAGAGGCCACCCCCAUCCCUUCAUAGGCGGCUCUCUCCAUCUUCAAGCCAACAGUGAUACAUUCAGUUCUUCUCGUGCUUUGAAUAGCUGACCUCUUCUCAACUCACUGGAGAACAAUCUGCUUUUAAAAGGGCUCGGUUGAUUAAGUCUUGCCUACCACAGUCAUGGAAGUGGUAUGUCAUUACAUUUAGUUUCCAUGGACACUCGAGAAGAAGACAUUACACAAAGGCAUAGAUGAUGGGGAUAGUUAUCUUUGCACCAUAGUCCUCCAGUAAUGUUUUCUAUUUAGUAUUUCUUAUGAUAUCAAUGUAAAUUUAAGCUAUGAAUAAAAGCACAUCAUAAAUGGGAUGUGAUUGCUACUGUUUUUUGUUUGUUUUUUGCAUUGAGGAGGAGAAACAUACAGCUGUUUAAAAUCUGAUA